AGUGUUAGGUGUGCGUACAGAAGGCGCUGGGGAGUGGGUUGUUGUGGUGUUGAUGGAGGGGGAGGACAGGUGGGGUUAGGGGGUUCAGGAGGGACGGCACCCGACCGGUACUGCAUGACGUUUGGCGUCGGCGGGUCCCUCUGGUGAUGGAACUGGCAAGAUGAGGGAGACUGCGCGUGAGGUGGGAGGACGGGGGAAGAGGGAGGGUUCUUGGGAAAUCAGUUUUCCACCUCAUGGACACCCUCUUCUCUACUUAAGCCCCAUGGCCGGCUCGACACUACGCAUUGUUCACGGUGGCGCAUCCCAAGGUGCCAGACGUGGUGUCGAUGUGCGUGGACAUCAAAAUGAGGGUGAUGCGACAGUGAGUAACAGUAGAACUCCUUCCGCCAGACUCCAGUCAAAACUGAAGAGAACAGACCUCCCCAUACAACAGACUUGUGGAUUUCUUUCUUGCAAUUUGCACUUGCGUGAUCUCAACUGCCAACAUUCAUAGCAAGUGCACGCAUUUCACCUGCUACUGGAAGAAAAGCAAAGUGGACGUCUGUUUUCACAAGGAGAAGUCGUUACUACUGUCUCCACCUCUGCUACUAACAGUCUCCACAUCUGCUGUUAAAACCCUGUAACUGCUGCUUUUUCCACAAACCUGAACUUGAUACUCCUCAGGGCUGAAAAACACUACCUUAUUAGUGCCCAGUUUUUUCUAAUCUUAGAAUCAUUGUCUGGGGACGUCAAAGGGCCACAACUCUAGAGAACACGAUGAGCCACUUCUGUAAACUGUGGUGUCGGCUGACAGGUCUGCUUCUGGCAGCCUGCAUCGCUGGCAACAUUCAGGCAUCUGCAACAUCUGGCAGAGAUGAGCUUCGCUCACAGUUGUAUGCUCUCGACACCUUGUCUAGGGUUCCUGUAGACACUGCAGUCCGUCUUGCCUGGGGAAGGCAAAGGGAUACGACUCCGCUUCUGCGACCUGCAGGACGUGUGGACGGUCGGGUGUGGCAGUCGUCCGGCGGACGACCCUUCGCCGAUCUCGGUCAGCUCAGGUUCUUGGCAAAAAGAGGCGAUUUUCGGAGGGCCCGUGAUGGAAACUCGGAGGAAUCACUCGUGGACUACGAACCUAACUACAGCUCUCUGACCUCUUCCAAAUGGGACGAAAUGGACGACCUCAGUGGAGGACAACGUGCAGGAGGACUGGACACCCAGUACGAUCGCGAUGUAAAUCGAGAAAUCUUUGCUUAUCCUGGCUUAUCCUCUUUGGAAGGUGGCGCUUUCGACACAGAGCGAGACACCCGCGGUUCCCUCCACGAUGUGAGGUUGUCUGGCAGGGACUACUUUGACGGCGAGGGGAAGAUGGAGACCACGGCUGACCGCACACCCUAUGCAGGUCCCUUGAUCGAUGCUGUCAUCGACGAUGUCACGGAUUGGCUUCGGGACGGCAUCGUCAACUCCGCCAGAACUCGCUUGAGGGGAAGAGAACUGCUCGUGCCUCAAGACGCCGACGAUGUCGGAAGAGUUGCCUCUCCCUUCGACAGGCCUUCGGCGAGGGACACUGACCUCUGGCACAGUCACGUGGUACCAGAAACGACGAGGGAUUCUUCGAUCAAAAUCCAGAGAAGAGGGAUGAUGUUUGAUCUAAGGAGGGCGUAUGCAAGCAGAGCUCAACCCGCAUAUGAGAUACCACCUUAUAUGUUUAAGAUCGGAAGCCCAUUACAAGAAAAAGUCAAAAAAGCUUGUGGACCUCGAGGGAAACUCUCAUCUGUGAUCACGUGCUCUAGAGAUGCGUCUGUCUGUCUCGAUGACAACAUGCUUUGCGAUGGAAGUCGUGACUGUCCAAAUGGUGAAGAUGAGUCUGCAGCAGUGUGCAUUCUUCGCUACUUGGUGCCAGACAGUUCACCACAUCAGUUGCCAUUCGUCGGGAAGGCUUGAGAAGUAAACCUUGGUCCCGCUGCAUGAUAAGUUCACCUGAGCAUCUCGGACAGCUACAUACAAACCCGCCUCGAGCACCGUGACACUCUUUCGAGUCUGUCUGCAACUCCAUCACCUGAACCUGUUGAGCUUCUUGACAUGACGAUUGGUGGGACCUCUUGAUGGGCCGUGGGCCACAACAUGAUUCACAGAAACAUAUAUUAGGCGUUUACGACAGUUGUAGUGUGCAAGGUAGAGCAAAGACCAUUUACUUUAAGUAUUAUUAAGCAAAGCUAGUUUCAGUUGCCUCAAGAGGACUAUGUAGCUGGCGAAGUUACAAAUCCUCGUUAAUGACAAGAACAGUAACAACAAUUAAAAACCACUUUCAUAAGCAGUUUGAUAACGAAUGGUGUCUAAAUGGUCAGAAUAAUUUUUCUCUUAGCUACCUAUAUGUGCAGGUUAUACAACAGUGCAAAACAGCUUUAGGUGUAGUUUUGUUUCUUCCUUUUUGUCUAAAUAAGAAAACAUAUCUUCUAUGAAUGUUAUGACCUUCCAAGAUUCUCGUUGAAGAAAAUGGUUUCAAGACCUUUUACUGUUACAAAACGGACAUUUUUCUCUCUCAAACUAUGUAUAUAUUGAUCUCGUUUGUUUUUAUAUCCUUCCUUUUUCUUGUCUAAGGGCUUGAGCAUCUAACAAUUUAAUUCACCAAAAUAUUUCAGAACCUGAACUCCGUACAUUUGACUGAUUUACAAAAAUGUUAUUUACAAUACUACGUAGAUGCAUAUGUGUUGUAGAAGUGAGUGUGUCUGUUAUUUGCAAAGGUGGGUGAAUGGCUGUUGAUGAUUUAGUCUGUAUAUGAUUUAUGUAAAGCGCUCUGAGCAAAUCUUUGGAAAACCGCUAUAUAAAUUAUUAUUAUUAUUAUUAUUAUUAUUAUUAUUAUUAUUAUUAUUAUUAUUAUUAUUAUUAUUAUUAGUAGUAGUAGUAGUAGUAGUAGUAGUAGUAGUAGUAGCUGAAUUGUGAAGGUCAGGUCAGUGCUCAUUUGGUCAAGGUCCUUUUUGUGCUGAUUUCGACAUCAGGGUUGAUUAUCUGCGAUUGAAACAGUGCCUGAAAAUC